AUGGCUGCCGGUGUUGUCUUUCCUGCUGUUCUCCCGCUCCACCCUUUGUGUGCGAUGGACCAAACGUUCUUACGGGCGUGUGGUGGGGCCGCGUUCUUGUUUGGAAAAAAGCCUUUCGCAGGCAUAAUGAUACAGCCCUCCGUGCCACACGAGGCAGCGGGGAAUUUCCUGGGAUUUAUUGGCGGGGUGGCGCCGCACUCAUGCCGUGUGGUUGGUUUGUAUUCCGCAAUGCACGGUGAGGGGGAUGUGCGGCGACAACUUCCUCCAGUGGAGCGACACGAGCAGCACGGGGAGCGGAACGGAGGUGUGGUGGCUGCGUGCUUCCCAGUGAUACGUGAAUGGCGAAUGCAGUAUGAAAGGCAGCGUCGCGGCACUCUUUUGCCAUGCACACCGCAGAUAUUUUCCAUAAAGCAUGCAAGUUGCACUCUUUUCUGUUGUGUGGGGGAUUACCGUGAUGCAUCGCUGUUGCGGUGUGUAUGA